AAAUAAAUAAAAAUUACUUACACUCUUAAAUACCUAUAAUUGUCUCAAAGUUAGUUCGUGUUCGAAUAUUUGCUGGCUUCGUGGGUAAACGAGUAACAAAAGUGCAGCUGUAUAAAGAACAAAAUUAAAAGACUGAUUACUUAAUUUUUCUUUCAUAAGUACUUGCAAUAUUAAAGCGAAGCAUAUAUGGAAUUAAGAUUACGCAAUCCUACUUUUACAAAGAGUGAAAUGAAAGAACAUCAAACUAAAAUUCUAUAUUUCGAACAUGUUCAUUUAAUUGCUUAAUUCUAAUUUGUGUUAUCUAUUUGACCUGGUUCACCUCGGCUUUUUUUAUCAAUAUUCAAAUAAAAAUUCUUCGCGUUAGUGCAUAUGAAACAUAGCAACAAAAAUCUUGAAUUGAAAGCAAAUUCUUUAUAAAGACUAAAUGUCUAAUAUGACAACCAAUGCAAAGAGGACUUUAUUUUAUUUAUAUAGUUUUCAAUUUUUUUUAUUUUUAACACUGUUUGUCGCUUAUAUUGCGUUAUAUAAAUAUAUUAUUCCUGCUGACAAUCGAUUUCAAAUCAUAAAAGUUAUAGAUAGCUAUGUUCUACCGCAAUGUCGCCAGCCGAGCUACAGUGAGCUUACUCAAGCUUGCGGUAAUACGAUGUUUUGGGAAAAUAGAAUUUUUAACCCAGAUCUUCUAACAAAUCUAAGUUUGUCUACUUUUAAACUAGACGUGAAGCCAGACUUUGUCGUUCUCACUAUUCACACAGUUGAUAAUUUAGGACGAACUCGAAAAAAUGGAGGUGAUUUUUGGUGGGUUAGAGUGGUAGAACCUGUCUUUUUUCUUGUUCCUAUAAUAGAUUUUUUAAAUGGGACUUAUCAAGGAGUUUUUACAUUACACGAAAAUGGGAUUUACAAGUUAGAGAUAUUACUUGAGUUUAGUAACUGCGAGGGGGCUUAUGAUCCACCUCGUUAUUGGUUUAAAAGAGGAACUUAUCAAGGUCUUUCUCAACAAAGAGAUUGGCUGCAACCCUCUGCGUUUAGUGAAAUAUUAGAGACAAAAGUUAUGCAUUUUGAAACUUUUCAAACACACACCUUACAUGAUAUUCAAAAAAGUAAAAGAUUAGUGAAUCUAUUUCCAUGUGUCAUAAAUGCUGAUUGUGGAAUGUGGUUUAAUGGAAGCUUUAUCUCACAAAAUGGUAAAAAUAGUUCGCCUACUUUUUUGCCAAUGAGAAAGAGGAAUGGGACUUUAUGGAUUUAUGGUGAUUCACUUGGAAAACGACUUCACGAUUAUGUUAAAAUAAAGCCAUUAUGCCAAGAAUUAUUUUUAACUUGCAAUUAUACAUACAAUUGGGUAUACCCUUUAAAAGAAAAUUCACAUGGUUUUAAAGAAGAUUGGGUGUUUGACGAUCAAGAUUUUAAUCAAACAUUGCAUUUGAAUUUUAUUAAAAAUGUUAUAAUGAACUCUUAUAUGAGAAAAAAAGAAAGCGUUUUACUUAUCAAUUUCGGACUUCAUCUAGUAAAAUCGUUACCGAUGUCCAAAUUAAAAAACUUAUUUAAUGAAUUUAUUAUUAUGUUAAAAGAACUUAAUACAGAUCCAUUGAAGUUUCCAAUUGUUAUAUGGAAAACUACAACGCCGCCCUAUCAAUCUCAUGAACCGAGUAAAAAUUUCAGAGUAAUGAGGUUCCUAACAAAACAGCGAGUAGCAGAAUGGAACGCGUACACAAAAGAAAAACUAUGUCUCCAAAAUAUUCCUGUUCUCGACGUAUAUGGAAUGGCUGGAUCUUUUCCAAAGGGUCCUAUUGAUAGUGUUCAUUUUCCAGAUGAAGCUUUUGAUAGCGCCAUUAUGUACUUAGAAAAUUACUUAGAAAAGUUGUAACUUUAUCACCAUGGUGUUACAAAAAAAGUUUUUUUUUUUUAAUAAAU